UCCACACUGCUGUGGCUGCCCAGCGAAGCAGUGUGGACUUGGUCUUAUCCUCAAUUCCAAAACUUUCGUAUUAAAUAGAAGUCGUUACUUGGAUCACGUCUCGGUUUAGUUAAUUUUACAGCAUCACACAAAAACAUAUAUUUUUUUCUUUUCGUUUCGACCCCGUCUGACGAGAGGAUUGUUAGCUUGAACAACACGCGCAGCCAGAUCAGAACGUCCUGUACGGCGUGCUUUUCACGUGUCGCUACCGAGCUAGCUUCAACUAGCGCAAGGAUUUGUCUAGUUAGGUCGCCAGCCGAUUUAAAUUUCCUAGGAGAAGAACUAAGUAGUCUGUUAUAUUAAAUCCGUUAAUAAUAUUCAGUCUAGCCAGCAAAGAUGACAGUUGAAAUGGCAUCUCUGGUGUUAGAAGACGGGACGACCUUUAAAGGCCGGGUUUUUGGGGCUGUUGCAUCCGUCUCCGGUGAAGUCGUGUUCCAAACUGGCAUGGUGGGCUAUCCAGAGGCCUUGACAGACCCUUCCUACAAGUCCCAGAUCCUCACCCUAACCUACCCGCUGGUGGGGAACUAUGGGAUACCCAAGGAUGAGGAAGGAGAGUUUGGCCUCAGCAAGUGGUUUGAGUCUUCUAGAAUCCAUGCCGCUGCCCUCAUUGUGGGGGAGGUCUCCCAGAACCCCAGCCACUGGAGCUCAAACAAGUCCCUGGACCAGUGGCUCAAAGAGCAGGGCAUUCCUGGACUAGAGGGGAUAGACACCCGCUGCUUGACUAAAAAGAUCCGUGAGAAGGGAACCAUGCUGGGCAAGCUGGUGGUGGAGGGGACGCCCGCGGAGAGCGUUCUGUUCGACAACCCCGACGAGAGGAACCUGGUCAGAGAGGUUUCCAUGAAGGAGCCCCGGGUGUUCAACCCCAGCGGGACGGUCAGGAUCGCGGCUGUGGACUGCGGCAUCAAAUACAACCAGAUCCGCUGCCUGUGCCAGAGAGGGGCCCGCGUCACCGUGGUGCCCUGGGACCACCCGCUGGACAGCACCGACUUUGACGGGCUGUUCAUCAGCAACGGGCCCGGGGAUCCGCAGUUCUGCAAGGAGACCAUCGAGAACCUCCGGAGGGUGGUGUGCGUGGACGACCCCAAGCCCGUCUUCGGCAUCUGCCUGGGCCACCAGCUGCUCUCCCUCGUCAUCGGAGCGAAGACCUUCAAAAUGAAGUACGGGAACCGCGGGCACAACCAGCCGUGCGUCCACAAGGGCACGGACCGCUGCUUCAUCACCUCACAGAACCACGGCUUCGCGGUGGACCCGCGCACGCUCCCCGCCGGCUGGGACGUGCUCUUCACCAACGCCAACGACCAGACCAGCGAGGGCAUCGUGCACGACACCAAGCCCCUCUUCAGUGUCCAGUUUCAUCCAGAGCACAUGGCAGGGCCCACAGACCUGGUCAGUCUUUUCGAUGUAUUUCUGGACACUGUUCGAGACUUCAAGGAGGGAAAGAGGGGCAAACCAGUGAAAGAAAGACUGACGGAACAUCUGGCCUACCCUGGAGCACCCAAACCAGACGAGCUCAUUCGUCCCCGGAAGGUUCUGAUCCUGGGGUCGGGUGGCCUGUCCAUUGGGCAGGCUGGGGAGUUUGACUACUCCGGGUCCCAGGCUAUAAAAGCCCUGAAGGAGGAGAAUGUCCAGACGGUCCUCAUAAACCCAAACAUCGCCACGGUGCAGACCUCCAAGGGCCUGGCGGACAAGGUCUACUUCCUUCCUCUCACCUCGGAGUACGUCACACAGGUGAUUAAAAAUGAGCGCCCGGAUGGGGUCCUCCUCACCUUCGGGGGGCAGACCGCCCUGAACUGCGGGGUGGAGCUGACCAAGCGCGGGGUGCUGGAGAAGUACAAGGUGCGCGUGCUGGGCACGCCGGUGGCCUCCAUAGAGAUGACGGAGGACAGGAAGAUCUUCGUGGAGAAGAUGGAGGAGAUCAACGAGCACGUCGCGCCCAGCGAGGCCGCCCUGUCCGUGGAGCAGGCGGUGGCGGCAGCGGAGAGGCUGGGGUACCCCGUGCUGGUGCGCUCGGCCUUCGCUCUGGGAGGCCUGGGCUCGGGGUUCGCCAACGGCAAGGAGGAGCUGGUCGCCCUGGUAACGCAGGCCUUCGCCCACACGUCCCAGGUCCUCGUCGACAAGUCCCUCAAGGGCUGGAAGGAGAUCGAGUACGAGGUGGUCAGGGACGCCUAUGACAACUGCGUGACGGUGUGUAACAUGGAGAACAUAGACCCCCUGGGGAUACACACCGGCGAGUCCAUCGUGGUGGCGCCCAGCCAGACGCUCAACGACUACGAGUACAACAUGCUGAGGAACACCGCCAUCAAGGUGAUACGGCACCUGGGCAUCGUGGGCGAGUGCAACAUCCAGUACGCCCUCAACCCGGAGUCCGAGCAGUAUUACAUCAUCGAGGUGAACGCGCGCCUGUCCCGGAGCUCAGCGCUGGCCAGCAAGGCCACGGGCUACCCUCUGGCGUACGUGGCAGCCAAGCUGGGCCUGGGCAUCCCCCUGCCCGUCCUCAAAAACUCCGUCACAAACUCCACAACGGCCAAUUUCGAGCCCAGUCUGGACUACUGUGUGGUGAAGGUCCCGCGCUGGGACCUCAGCAAGUUUCUCCGGGUCAGCACCAAGAUCGGCAGCUCCAUGAAGAGUGUGGGGGAGGUGAUGGCCAUCGGCCGCAGCUUCGAGGAGGCCUUCCAGAAAGCUCUGAGGAUGGUGGACGAGAACUGCGUGGGCUUCGACCACACCAUUAAACCCGUGUCCGACCAGGAGCUGCAGACGCCGACGGACAAGCGCAUCUUCGUGCUGGCGUCCGCCCUGCGCGCGGGCUACUCGGUGGACCGCCUGUACGAGCUGACCAAGAUCGACCGCUGGUUCCUGCACAAGAUGAAGAACAUCGCCGACCACGAGCACCUGCUGGAGGCGUACGGGCAGGGCGAGGGCGCCAUGCCGGCCGAGGUGCUGCGCACGGCCAAGCAGCUGGGCUUCAGCGACAAGCAGAUCGCCCAGGCCGUGCAGAGCACGGAGCUGGCCGUGAGGAAGCUGCGUCAGGACUGGAAGAUCCUGCCAGUGGUGAAGCAGAUCGACACGGUGGCUGCUGAGUGGCCGGCCCACACCAACUACCUGUACCUGACGUACAACGGCACGGAGAACGACGUGGCCUUCGGCGAGCCCCACGUCAUGGUCAUCGGCUCGGGCGUCUACCGCAUCGGCAGCAGCGUGGAGUUCGACUGGUGCGCCGUCGGCUGCAUCAUGGAGCUCCGCAAGAUGGGCUACAAAACCAUCAUGGUGAACUACAACCCAGAGACCGUCAGCACGGAUUACGACAUGUGCGACCGCCUCUACUUCGAUGAGAUCUCCUUCGAGGUGGUGAUGGACAUCUACGAGAUGGAGAACCCAGAGGGCGUGAUCCUGUCCAUGGGCGGCCAGCUGCCCAACAACAUCGCCAUGUCCCUGCACAGGCAGCAGUGCAGGAUCCUGGGAACGCUGCCCGAGUUCAUCGACUCGGCCGAGAACAGGUUCAAGUUCUCCCGGAUGCUGGACACCAUCGGCAUCAGCCAGCCCCUGUGGAAGGAGCUCGCAGACACCGAGUCCGCCAAGCUGUUCUGCGACACGGUGGGCUACCCCUGCCUGGUGCGGCCCUCGUACGUGCUGAGCGGGGCGGCCAUGAACGUGGCGUACACGGACAGCGACCUGGAGAUGUUCCUGAGCAGCGCCGUGGCCGUGUCCAAGGAGCACCCCGUCGUCAUCUCCAAGUUCAUCCAGGAGGCCAAGGAGAUCGACGUGGACGCGGUGGCGUGCGACGGGGUGGUCAUCGCCAUGGCGAUCUCGGAGCACGUGGAGAACGCGGGGGUGCACUCCGGGGACGCCACCCUGGUCACGCCGGCCCAGGACAUCAACCAGAAGACCAUGGAGCGCAUCAAGGUGAUCGUGCACGCCAUCGGACAGGAGCUCCAGGUCACCGGGCCCUUCAACCUGCAGCUCAUCGCCAAGGACGACCAGCUGAAAGUGAUCGAGUGCAACGUUCGAGUGUCUCGGUCCUUCCCCUUCGUCUCCAAGACGCUGGGGGUCGAUCUCGUCGCCCUGGCGACCCAAGUCAUCAUGGGAGAGGAGGUGGAGCCCGUAGGGGUCAUGAGAGGGACGGGGAUCGUGGGAGUCAAGGUGCCUCAGUUCUCCUUCUCGCGGCUGGCCGGCGCGGACGUGGUGCUCGGCGUGGAGAUGACCAGCACCGGCGAGGUGGCCUGCUUCGGCGAGAACCGGUACGAGGCCUACCUGAAGGCCAUGCUCAGCACGGGCUUCAAGAUCCCCAAGAAGAACAUCCUUCUGUCCAUCGGCAGUUACAAGAAUAAGAGUGAGCUGUUGCCCACGGUGCAGGCCCUGGAGAGCCUGGGCUACAACCUGUACGCCAGCUUGGGCACGGCCGACUACUACACUGAGCACGGGGUCAAGGUGAUGGCCGUGGACUGGCCCUUCGAGGAGGAGAGCGACUGCCCCAACAAGGAGAAGCAGAGGAACAUCAUGGACUACCUGGAGGAGAACCACUUCGACAUGGUCAUCAACCUGUCCAUGAGGAACUCGGGCGGGCGCCGCCUCUCCUCCUUCGUAACCAAGGGAUACCGCACGCGCCGCAUGGCCAUCGACUACUCCGUGCCGCUCAUCAUUGACAUCAAGUGCACCAAGCUCUUUGUGCAGGCGCUGCGGCAGAUCGGAGACGCGCCGCCGGUGAAGACUCACGUGGACUGCAUGACCUCGCAGAAGAUCGUCCGCCUGCCAGGGCUCAUUGACGUGCACGUGCACCUGCGCGAGCCUGGCGCCGCCCACAAGGAGGACUUCGCCUCGGGCACGGCCGCCGCCCUGGCGGGCGGGGUCACCAUGGUGUGCGCCAUGCCCAACACCGCCCCCGCCGUCGCCGACCCCAGCUCGCUCGCCACGGCCCAAAAGCUGGCCAAGGCAGGGUGCCGCUGCGACUACGCCCUCUUCGUGGGAGCCGCCUCGGACAACGCCGCCAUCUUGCCUCCGAUCGCCAGCUCGGCGGUCGGCCUGAAGAUGUACCUGAACGACACGUACACCACGCUGAAGAUGGACAACAUCACCGUGUGGAUGGAGCACUUUGAGAAGUGGCCCAAGCACCUGCCGAUCGCGGCGCACGCCGAGCGGCAGACGGUGGCGGCCAUCUUGAUGGUGGCGCAGCUCUACCAGAGGCCUGUGCACAUCUGCCACGUUGCCAGGAAGGAAGAGAUCCUGAUCAUUCGCGCUGCCAAGCAGAGGGGCGUCCAGGUGACCUGUGAGGUGGCCCCGCACCACCUGUUCCUGUGCGAGGAGAACGUGCCCGCCAUCGGGACGGGCAGGGCCCGGGUCUGCCCCGCGCUGGGCACCCGCGAGGACAUGGAGGCGCUCUGGGAGAACCUGGACAUCAUCGACUGCUUCGCCACCGACCACGCGCCUCACGCGGUUGAGGAGAAGGACUCGGAGAAGCCGCCGCCCGGCUACCCCGGGCUGGAGACCAUGCUGCCGCUGCUACUCACCGCCGUCAGCGAGGGCAGGCUCACCGUGGACGACAUUGUGCAGCGGCUCUACGACAACCCGCGCAAGAUCUUCUCCCUGCCCGCCCAGGAGGACACCUUCAUCGAGGUGGACCUGGAGCAGGAGUGGACCAUCCCCAAACACAUGCAGUUCACCAAGUCCAAGUGGACGCCCUUUGAGGGCAUGAAGGUGAAGGGCAAAGUCCGCAGGGUGGUCCUCAGAGGGGAGGUGGCCUACAUUGACGGACAGGUUCUGGUACCACCCGGCUACGGCGAAGACGUCAAGACCUGGCCCGCCGCCGCGCCAGCCAAGGUGCCCCCUGAACUAAUCAAAGAGGCUGUCCAGACCCCAGAGCGCCACCGUCAGGCCGCUGUGGGCGAGACGCUGCGGGCCCGGACCUCCAGCCCCCGCCGGUCGGCCGGGGACAGCCGCUUCAUCCUCCCGCCCCGCAUUCACCGGGCGUCCGACCCCGGCCUGCCCCCAGCUGAAGACUCGAGAGAGGUAUCGAUAAGAGGAUCAUUCGAUUCAGCACGAUUGCGUGAAUUUAACUCUUUGAUUUUUUUGACGUGCGUCUCUCCAGACAUGGACACCUUCAGUCACCCUCCUCCGCUGGCCCGGAUCCUGUCCCCCCAGACGGGGGCGACCCAGAGCCUGUCCCACCUGCAGACCUCCCCCCUGCUGCACCCCCUGGUGGGCCAGCACGUGCUCUCGGUCCGCCAGUUCAGCAAGGAUCAGCUGUCGCACUUGUUCAACGUGGCCCACCACCUGCGCAUGAUGGUGCAGAAAGAGAGGAGCUUGGACAUUCUGAAGGGCAAAGUGAUGGCGUCCAUGUUCUACGAGGUGAGCACGCGCACCAGCAGCUCGUUCGCGGCGGCCAUGCAGCGCCUGGGCGGGUCCGUGGUGCACUUCUGCGAGGCCACCUCCUCCAGCCAGAAGGGGGAGUCCGUGGCCGACUCGGUCCAGACCAUGAGCGGCUACGCCGACGUGCUGGUGCUGCGCCACCCGCUCCCGGGGGCCGUGGAGACGGCGUCUAAGCACUGCCGGAAGCCAGUGAUCAACGCGGGGGACGGGGUGGGGGAGCACCCCACUCAGGCCCUGCUGGACAUCUUCACCAUCCGGGAGGAGCUGGGAACGGUCAACGGCAUGACGAUCACGAUGGUGGGGGACCUGAAGCACGGGCGCACCGUGCACUCCCUGGCCCGCCUGCUCACCCAGUACAGGAUCAGCCUGCGCUACGUGGCCCCCAGGAACCUGCACAUGCCGCCCGAGAUCAUCGACUUCGUGGCCUCCAAGGGCAUCAAGCAGGAGGAGUUCGGCAGCAUUGAGGAGGCCCUUCCAGACACCGACGUCCUGUACAUGACCAGGAUCCAGAAGGAGAGGUUUGCCUCCGAGGAGGAGUACGAUGCGUGCUUCGGCCAGUUCAUUUUGACCCCCCACAUCAUGACGGGGGCCAAGCGCAAAAUGGUGGUCAUGCACCCUCUCCCGAGGGUCAACGAGAUCAGCGCGGAGGUGGACACGGAUCCGCGCGCGGCCUACUUCCGACAGGCGGAGAACGGCAUGUACAUCCGCAUGGCGCUCCUGGCCACCGUGCUGGGUCGCUGAGCUGGGUUAGGGGAACGACCGUGCGCACCCCACUCCAGCCGCUCGCUGACCGAAGGGACCAAGAAGGACCGCCGGGCCAGAGACCCCCCCCCCCGCGGUUUCUUGUCGCGGCUCAACCUCUUAAUUUUCUUAGCUUCGGAAAUGAUUACACUGAAGUGACAUAAUUAAAUUAAAUCAGACACCCUCGUUGUCACCCCCCUGGUGAUUUUGUAGCAUAUAUUUACGGUACGUACCCUUGCACUAUUCUGGUGAUGCACUACCUUGCCGGCAAUGAGGGGACUGUCCAUUAACAGUUCAAAUCAAUCCCAUACUCUGAACCAUUUUUUACCCUUUUUGGAGAAGUUGAAACAUGGCUGCUAUCCUGUGUUAUGUUGUUGGUGGAACAAAGUGUUAAAUGGGUGGAGAUUAAAUAAGACUGCGUGUUAUUCUUUCAUAUGACUGUGUAUUCAGUUUUGAUAUGUGUACCCUGAUGGGGUUUGUGUUAAAGGGUCUGUUUCCUUUGAGACUGUGAAGAAGUGCGGCACCCUCUCCUGUGAAUAUGCGUUCCAUUAAAUGGGUCUGUGCCAGGCUCCUGUUGAUUGAAUUAAUGUAAAAUGUGAUGCUUACUCUCCAUGUUAGAGAUGGCCAAAAGGGAAGUAGGCUUGCCCAUAUUUUCUGAUGUGGAUUGAGGCGAAGCACAUAAUCCUAUUUGUUACAUGGUUAUGAGUACAGCGAUCACGGGGUUCUAAAGUUUAAGAAAAAUUGUCAAUCUGAUGAUCUUGGGACAUUUGACAUUUUUUAAUAUUUAAUAAAAGACAUGCUUUC